UUCGCCGCCCUCUAUCUGCUCCAGAGACUAAACGCCCGAUUCCCCGCCGCUCGCGGUUCGUCAGGCCAUCGCCUUUUCAUCUCCGCCUUCAUGAUCGCCUCUAAAGUCAUCUGCGACGACACCUAUUCUAAUAAGUCGUGGAGCAUCGUCGGCCAAGGCAUGCUCGCCCUCCGCGAAGUCAACCAAAUGGAGCGCGAGAUGUGCUCUUACCUGGAGUGGCAGCUCAACAUCGAGCCGGGAGCGUUGAAGGAGUUCGAGGCGAAGGUACAGAGAGACUUCAAGGGCCAAGGGCCAUACCCAACGUACGUCCUCACCACCCCAGCG